UGUGGGGUGGGGGGAAGAAUGGGGCUAUAAGAAGAGGGGCUGGGAGCUGGGAGCCCAUCACUGUGGAUCUGGUGUGAGCAUCUGUCAGUGAGCGACGGCACCUCCUGCUCCGGCACCAUGGAAACUCCGGUGUCGGGGUGGAUGCUCAGGGCUGGACUCCUGCUGCUGCCCCUUCUCCUCUGCUUCGGACCAGAGACUGUCGGGAGCACCAAACCCGCGGCGCUGAGAGAGAUUGUGGAUCAUGUAGAUAAGGAUGGGUUGGCUGUUGAAUACGCCUUCGCCGUCAGCCUGGAGAAAGCCACUUGUGAGAACCCAUCUGAUCUGGAACAGGUGCUGCCCAGGAACAAGCUGUGGGACAUGCAGGCAGCCAUUAACCAAGAGGACAACCUGGAUGACCCAGAUGAAGGGCACAUUGUGGCUCCCCGGAUGAAGAAGCAGGGCGACCAGAACAGCCCGGUGCAGAAGCUCCUGGUCCGGACCUACAAUGAGAGAAGCUGCCUGAUCUUCUUCACCAUCCACUUGCCCUGCGCGGGGACGUGCCUGCUGGGGAAGAGGCCCCACAACAUCCUAUGGCUGGUGAGUGACACCUUCCGCCCCAUCGAUCACAACUACAAGGCCUUCGUCUUCCGGCAGAUCUACCGGCAGGAUCGGGACCUGGAUCCGAAAAGCCUGCUGGAGGCCUGGCACCGGCUACCCGACGUGCCCCUGCUGCGCUGCGACACCAAGGGCUGCAGGGACUGCAGGGGAAACGACCCCAACACCAAAACCAACGCCUGCCUGGACGAGAUGCGAGCCAUGAGACAGCCGCUGCACCUACCUGGCAGGGGGCAGAAGAGAGAGCAGGGGGGAGAGGGGAGAGCAGAGGAUGUAGGGGAGAGCAGGGGGCACCUUCAGAGGGCUGGGGAGAUGGUGAGGCAGGUGGCACCAUUGGAGGGCUGGGGGAAAAACGGGGCAGAGGGCGAUAUCGUAACAUUGGGGGGAUGGCCAGACACUGGGCUCUGGAGGCAUUGGGGGCGUGGGGGACGGCGGGGUUGAGGGCGCCG